UCAUGCAGCGAAUUGCUUUGCCUCGCCUACAACAUGUAGUCCGCAUUCUCCCACGAGCCUCGCCGGUUCAGCAAAGACGUUUCAUCAGGAGCAGACCCGUUCUCGCACGUCCGACUCCACCUCAAUCAAGCCAACAACCUCCACAAGUCGAGGUCGACAAGGACGCAAUCAAGACCACCGUCGCCGAGACGAAGGCACCAAAAUAUGCCGUCGUCAUCUCCGGCACACUCGCAGGUCUCCUAGGCCUCUACGCUGUCGCCCUGCUCCUCGCCGCCGUCAAACCCUGCGACAACCCAGCUGUAUCAGAUCCAGCACAACAGAAAGAUGUCGCCGCACGCUACGACAGCACGGCUGAUAGUUUUGAUAGUGAAGUCGGCUUCUCAGAGAUCUUCAUGGGCAUCAACAGCAAGCGGAAGUGGAUCGCGAAUCGCUGCUUGGGCCACGUACUCGAAGUGAGUUGUGGCACGGGUAGGAAUUUGGGAUACUACGAUAUCUGGAAGAGUCCGGUUGGAAAAGUGGACAGCUUGACAUUUGUGGAUCUCAGUCCCCAGAUGGUGGAGGUCUGCCAGAAGAAGUGGAAUAUCCUCACGGGGAGGAAGCUGCACAAACUCAAGCCGGGCUUGAUCGUGCGAUUCGCAACGGCUUCAGCACUGGGUGAGAUGCCGCUGGCUCCGACAACGCCAACACCCAGGAAGUAUGACACCGUCUUCCAGACGAUGGGACUGUGUAGUACCGACAAGCCGGUGGAGUUGCUAGUCAACAUGGCUCAGUACCUCAAUACCGACAACCCCAAUGCUCGCAUCUAUCUUCUGGAGCAUGGUCGAAGCCAUCGUGACUGGAUGAACAACAUCCUCGACAAGUCUGCUGAAAAGCACGCCGAAAUUCACGGAUGUUGGUUCAACCGCGACAUUACCAAGAUCGUCGAGGAAGCCGCCAAACGCACUGGACUGGAGAUUGUCGUUGAAAGACGACAGCACGUCGGCACGACUCUCUUCUUUGAGCUGAAGUCCAAGACGGUCACGAAGUCGAAGACCAUUUCUCCCCCGCCAGUGGACGCAGAGCAGGAGAAGAGCAAAGGCUGGUUCGGCUUCCUCAAGUGAACUGGCCUAUGCCGUACCCAGUCAAACGCCCACGAUCCUGUCGCCUUCCUCCGCCUACAGGUCCGCAGAAGACCUCCACGCUCACCGCACAAAGUCGCCCAAAUCCUUCCUAUCACACAUACAAGUCAUCAGACAUCGCCAGGAAUCUUGGCUGACUUCGUAUCACAGAAUCUCAACCCUCCACUUGCAUGGACUACGAGCCAUGUCUUGACUUCGUUGCUGGUACGGAG